AUGUCACCUUUGGUGGGGAGAGGAGAAGGCCCCGGCCAGUUCCGGCCAGCGGGUGGACUGGCCGUGUCCUCAACUAACGAGAUAUUUGUGGCUGACGAGCACAACAAAAGAAUCCAGGUCUUCAGCAUGAAGGGAGGUUUCCUACGCAGUUUCCCCACAGGAAACAUGAAACCACAAGCCGUGUGCAUGGGCAACAACGACACCCUGUGGGUCGCGUCGUACCCACGUCGGGCGUCUGAUUAUGGACAUGCCAUUCAACAGUACAGCAAAGAAGGCAGUGUCCUUGCUAAGUUUAAAUGCAAUGACACUAGACUCUGUAGCAUUGCCUGGCACAAGUUUUCUGGCAGAAUCAUACUCAGUCUGAAAAAACUGUCAGCACGUGCACAUCUCAGCACUGCAUGGUUAAGUCCUACUUACACACAGACAGAGGCAACACCAUGGCUGACGUGUGACAUGACCGGGUUUGGAUCAAAAGGAAGUAAGUUCGUAGUUCCACAGUUUGUCACCGUGGACAAGAAUGGGAACAUCUUCAUCGCUGACAGCAUUAAAAAUCAUGUAGAAAAAUAUGACAAGAACGGAGUCUACCUGUCCAGUUUUGGCAGCAAAGGUACUGGAGCAGGGAAUCUUUACAAUCCCUCAGGAAUCUGUGUGGACAGUUUGGGGCGUGUGAUCGUGGCUGAUACUGGGAACAGCCGGGUGGAGAUGUUCACAGCUGAGGGAGAGCACAUCCGCACCAUAGCUUAUAUUAAUCAACCCACACAUGUUGCUACAGGUGGGGAGGGGCAGCUUGUGCUCACUCACGGGAAGUUUGUAACCAUCUUGCCCAAAUAUUAG